UUCAACAUUGCCCGACAUGAAUGGGUACUUGUUUGCGUACUCUUCCGCGCCGCUGCGACGAGUGAAAUAUGUUCAGUUUGGAGUGCUGUCUCCGGAUGAAAUCGUAUCCUUCUUGUUGCCUCUCACUAAAGAAAGGCAUUGA